AUGUCUUUGCUGCGUUUGCCCGUUUCCAAACCUAUUCUUGCUAUGCUUUACGUACUGUUACAGUUGCUCAUCGGUGAAAUUAACGCCUACCUUGACGAUUUUCGAUCCGGGUCACCACCGAUUGCGCAAUAUAGCGCUGCUGUGCGCGCCUAUGAGUUUUCCGUCGUAUACGACACGUGCAUUUGUGGGCAUGUUUACCUGACCAAACUAAUCACACGAGUAGGAUCUAAAGAACAGUACCGUUUACGUGACUUCCUUCGUAGUCCCUCAAUCAACGGAUUCCGUGAGGAUCAUAAGAGCACAACAGAUGACGUGAUGUUGCGAUUAUCGAUUUUCGCAUUGGUCGUCGCGAUUGCGCGCACAGAACCUGAUUGCGCCGCGAUCGACAGAGCUUUUCGAGCAGCUGCAGACGCUAACGAGACGGAAGCUUGCAAAUGUUUCUACAAAGGAUUCGAUGCUACGAUAGAUGGAAUAACAAUUGGAUGCUCCGAUCAAACGUUACCGCACAUCUCGAAAGCACUGCACUCGGUGAACGAGUCGUUCCCAGAAAAAGUCCGCAUCUGGGAUUGUCACAUCACCAUAAUUCCUUCCGAUAUGUUCGAUCAGGUUAAGCCCAAGUACCUAUCAAUUGAGAGGAGUUUCUUAGCCCUUCUCCGUGAGAACGCGCUCGGCACGAUUGGUCCACGACUCCACGGUCUCUAUCUCAGGAACAACCACUUAAAAGGAAUCAAUCGAUCGAUGCUACAAGGACUGACUAGCCUUCUGGAAUUGGACCUGUCAGGAAAUAGGAUCAACACUCUUUCAACGGGAGUUUUCGAUCUAACACCAGAACUUCGCGAAUUAUCACUGAAUGACAAUGACAUAACAACGAUCGAGGAUGGAACAUUCGGGAAGUUGACAUCACUGAAGAAAUUGAGCCUCAGUGGGAAUCAGAUUAGUACCAUCACUAAGAACAUGUUUAAAGGGCUCGACUCGUUGGAGGUCCUCAACCUACAGAACAAUCAGAUCACCAGCAUUGAUUGGUCUGCCUUUGCAAACCUGAAACAGUUGAGGACCCUGGACCUUGGCACUAAUCAUGCCACCAAUGUUGAGAUACGCGGACUGGAAAACCUUCAGAAGCUAUUCCUGAACAACAACAGUAUCAAUUCAUUGAAGAGCGUCAGCCUCAGGGAUCUUCCGUCACUGAUACUACUGUCACUAGAUCGAAAUUCAAUUUCGGAAAUUGCGGACGGAGACCUUUCCGGGUUAGCCAGGAGCACGAGACUCGAAAGUCUCACAAUAGCAGCUAACAACAUAAGUCAGAUAUCGCAGCGUGCAUUUUCCCCUGUUCAGCAUUUGAACGUGCUGGCUAUGCAAAACAACCAGCUCACAACUCUUACCAAAGAUGGUCAAUCUUAUCUUCGACCACUUCGCCGUUUAACAACAUUGCUUCUGUCGGGAAAUCAACUUCGUUCGAUUGGCGAACAUGAUCUGCCACGCACUCUCACGGUGCUCGCAGCUGACCACAACCUCCUCGAGAAGAUCGACGUCAAGGCUUUCGAAGGCAUGACCUUACACAAGUUGUUCAUUAACAACAAUAAGUUGCCAUUCCUUCCUCGGCACACCUUCGACUCGAUCUCAUUCGACACUCUCGAAGCUAUCGAUAUCACUUCAAACGCUUGGCAGUGCGUAUGCGGAGAGGAAUGGUUAGGAGAUUGGCUGGAGAAAGCUGGAGACAGUGAUGUUGGAGAUGGUGUUCUCGGUUGUCUCGUAACAGCUGCACGUAGAUGUGGUGUGGAUCCGCAGAUGGAAAAGGAUGAGGCGCGUUCCGUAUGGGUAACAGUAACCGCUUCGAUUCUAGCCGCUGUCUCGCUUCUAAUUCUUAUCGCCAUUGCAUUCCUCUACAUCAGUGAUGGGAAGCAGAGGGUGGUUUUGAUGCGACCACUAUCUCGCCGAACCAAUUCCGAUCUGCACAAGCUGAUAGCGGAUGUGGAUCCGCUAAUAGCGCGCGAUGUGCCGCCCCGAAAGCCGCCGAGUGGCGACAAGAAGCGCGUUCGCUUCGAGGAGAACUGA